AUGACACUGAAUAAAUUAUCGAUCGAUAAAGUGGAUGUAAAGGAUAAAAGAGUCCUGAUUCGGGUCGAUUUUAAUGUACCGCUUAAAGAUGGGAAGAUUACGAACAACCAACGUAUAACGGCUGCAGUACCAACUAUCAAGUAUGCGCUAGAUCAUGGUGCAAAGGCGGUAAUACUAAUGUCACAUUUGGGACGUCCAGAUGGGAUGAAAAAAAUGGAAUUCACAUUGGAACCAGUUGUAGCGGAACUGAAAAAUGUUCUCGGCAAGGAUGUCACAUUUGUUCAUGAUUGUGUUGGACCAGAAGCUGAAAAAGCUACAGCUAAUCCUGCUCCUGGCAGUGUUAUUUUACUUGAAAAUCUUCGAUUUUAUUUGGAAGAAGAAGGAAAAGGUGUGAAUGAAAAGGGCGAGAAGGUCAAGGCAUCACAAGCUGAUAUCGACAAUUUUCGUGCAUCUCUGACAAAACAUGGCGAUGUUUAUGUGAAUGAUGCAUUUGGUACUGCACAUCGUGCGCACAGCUCUAUGGUUGGUGUAAAAUUGGAGAAACGUGCUACAGGUUUUCUGAUGAAGAAAGAGUUGGACUAUUUUGCAAAAGCUCUGGAUAAUCCUGUCCCACCAUUUUUGGCAAUUUUAGGUGGUGCUAAAGUGGCAGACAAGAUUCAACUUAUUCGCAAUCUUUUAGAUAAAGUUAAUGAAAUGAUCAUUGGUGGUGGAAUGGCCUAUACAUUUUUGAAAGUUAUUAAUAAUAUCAAUAUCGGAAAAUCACUUUUUGACACAGAGGGUGCCAAAAUAGUGAAUGAAUUGAUGGAUAAGGCUAAAAACAAAGGCGUGAAAAUACAUUUACCGAUUGAUUUCAUUAUUGCUGACGAUUUCAAAGAAGAUGCUCAAUUCAAGACAGCUGAUCUCAAAUCAGGUAUUCCGGAUGGAUGGAUGGGUCUUGACAUUGGACCGGAAACAGCAAAGCAAUUUGCUGAAGUUGUGGGACGUGCGAAAACUGUUGUUUGGAAUGGACCGGCUGGCGUUUUCGAAUGGGAGAAUUUUUCGAAAGGAACAAAAGCAGUAAUGGAUGCUGUUGUUAAUGCUACUUCCAAGGGCGCCGUUACUAUCAUCGGUGGUGGUGAUACGGCAACAUGCUGCAAGAAAUGGAAAACUGGUGACAAAGUAAGCCACGUUAGUACUGGUGGUGGUGCAAGUCUAGAAUUGCUUGAAGGAAAAGUACUACCUGGUGUUGAUGCGCUUUCUCCAGCUUAA